UUGAUCGCUUUGUCCAAUGGAUAGUGAAGUUAAUUCAAUGCAGUGCGGUCAUUUGUUGCGAGAGUGACGGUAAGUUUAUGUACUGUGAUGUCAAAUCAGUCUACUUUUCGUGAAUCAUUUGUCAAAAUUUAGAGCAGUGUUUUUAAUCAAAGAAGAAAGUUGCAAAAAUGUCUUCAAUGCGAAUGAAAGCAGCCAAAUGUCCAUCUGAUGAGCUUGCCAUCACCAACUGUGCUCUAAUACAUCAAGAUGACUUUCCAAGUGACAUCAAGCAUAUUGAAGUAUCUACAGGACCAUCUCAACACUUUGUGUUCAGCAUUCGGUUCUACAAUGGAGUUGACCGUGGCACUGUUGGAUUUUCUGCCCCUCAGCGAAAAUGGGCUACCCUCUCUAUCGGUCAAACCAUUGACGUGAAGCCUUUCAAACCCUCUAGUGCUGAAUGCCUUUGCAGCGUAACGUUGGAAGCCGAUUUCAUGAUGAAGAAAACAACAUCAACGGAUCCAUAUGAUUCGGAACAAAUGGCCAGAGAUUUCCUUAUUCAGUUCGCCAAUCAAGUUUUUACUGUCGGACAACAGCUGGCUUUCUUGUUCCAAGAGAAGAAAGUCUUGUCGUUGAUCGUAAAAAAUUUGGAAGCCGUCGAUGUGCAAGCUUUAGCGGCCGGAGCCAACGCCGUGCCCCGCCGGGUGCGGAUGGGCCGGCUGCUGCCCGACGCCUCGGUGCAGUUCGACAAGGCGGAGAAUUCGUCUCUGAACCUAAUCGGGAAGGCUAAAGGAAAGCAACCGCGACAGUCGAUCAUCAAUCCGGACUGGGACUUCGGCAAGAUGGGCAUCGGCGGUCUCGACAACGAGUUCAACGCGAUCUUCCGUCGCGCGUUUGCUUCCCGAGUGUUCCCCCCGGAGGUCGUCGAGCAACUAGGCUGCAAGCACGUGAAGGGAAUCUUGCUCUACGGUCCGCCCGGCACCGGCAAGACUUUGAUGGCCCGACAGAUCGGGAAGAUGCUAAACGCCCGCGAACCGAAGAUCGUCAACGGCCCACAGAUAUUGGACAAAUACGUUGGCGAGAGCGAGGCCAACAUUCGACGUUUAUUUGCCGACGCCGAGGAAGAAGAGAAGCGAUGCGGAGCGAACAGCGGGCUUCACAUCAUAAUAUUCGAUGAAAUCGACGCGAUCUGCAAGGCCAGGGGCUCCGUCGGCGGCAACACCGGCGUCCACGACACCGUCGUCAAUCAGCUCCUCUCCAAGAUCGACGGUGUGGAUCAACUGAACAAUAUCCUGGUGAUCGGUAUGACGAACCGGCGCGACAUGAUCGACGAGGCCCUGCUCCGACCCGGCCGUCUCGAGGUGCAGAUGGAGAUCGGGCUUCCCGACGAGAAGGGGCGCGUCCAGAUAUUGAACAUUCACACCAAGCGCAUGCGCGAGUAUAAGAAAAUCGCCGAAGACGUCGACUCUAUGGAGUUGGCAACGUUAACGAAGAACUUCUCUGGGGCCGAACUGGAGGGUUUGGUCCGAGCUGCCCAGUCGACCGCCAUGAACAGACUCAUCAAGGCGUCGAGCAAAGUCGAAGUCGAUCCCGAAGCCAUGGAGAAACUGAUGGUCGAACGUACCGACUUCUUGCACGCCUUGGAGAAUGAUAUCAAACCGGCCUUCGGUACAUCCGCCGAAGCGCUCGAGCACUUCUUGGCUCGCGGCAUCGUCAACUGGGGCUCUCCUGUUUCUUCUAUAUUUGAAGAUGGACAGUUGUAUAUUCAACAGGCGCGGGCGACCGAAGCCAGCGGUCUGGUGUCGGUGCUGUUGGAGGGCCCCCCGAACAGCGGCAAGACGGCCCUCGCCGCGCAACUGGCCAAGCUGUCGGACUUCCCGUUCGUGAAGGUUUGCUCGCCCGAAGACAUGGUCGGCUUCACGGAGACAGCUAAAUGCUUGCAGAUUAGGAAGUAUUUCGACGACGCGUACCGCUCGAGCCUGUCGUGCAUCCUGGUCGACAACAUCGAGCGGCUGCUGGACUACGGACCGAUCGGGCCGCGCUACUCCAACCUGACGCUGCAGGCGCUGCUCGUUCUCCUGAAGAAGCAGCCGCCCAAGGGACGAAAACUGCUCAUCUUGUGCACGAGCAGCCGAAGGCAAGUGUUGGAAGACAUGGAAAUCCUGUCUGCGUUCACCGGAGUGCUCCACGUGCCGAACCUGUCGCAGCCCGAGCACCUGCUGUCGGUGCUCGAGGAGAGCGAGGCCUUCUCCAAGCGCGACCUGCAGAAGAUACAGAGCGACCUGCGAGGAGCCAAAAUCUUCAUCGGUAUAAAGAAGCUGCUCGCUCUAAUCGACAUGGUGAAGCAGACCGACGAAGAAUACAGAGUGUUCAAGUUCCUCACGAAGUUGCAGGAGGAGGGCUGCGUCGAUCUCGGCACAACCAUACAAUAAGAAUCGUCGCAACCUUAGGGAUUACACGCGCAUACCACGUCGCCCACGACCGACCACACCGCGACCCUUUGUACGUCCAGAACUCACGGCGCCAAACUAACCGAGUGCGCACCUUGCACUUCAGACCUCCGCAGCUAUGAAAUAGACUACGAUGACGUCAGCGAAUGCACCGACUCUCCCUUAGACAUCGGCUAUCACAAAAAAGAAAUGGCCGCCAAAAGGACCGAGAUAUCGCCCGCCAAAAUGCCGCUGAUGCGAAUUCGAAGCGUCGAGAUUGUAUUUGAAGACGAAAUGUCGACUUGCACCGACACCGGGCUCCUGGACCGCAGCGUGGAACUCGUCGUCUCGGACAGUAGCGAUGAUUCCACUAAAUGCGCGGACGGUAUCGAGCCUCUACCGCCCGAGAAAGAUUGCGACUCUGUGACGCUCAACGCUGACGGCGACUUGUCGGAGGACGACUCAUCAUCGUCGCUGAACAAACACGAAAUACCUGAAAUCGUUAUUCCACAGCCGACGGCUCCGGCACACGCGACCCUUCUAGUUCGAACAGAGAACGUAACGUCGCGGACGGAUAAUUUGGCGAUGUCGCCAAGUUUCUCUGAAAUGGCAGACUCCGGUCGAUACACAGAGGAAGCUAGUUCAUCCCAUAUAGACAUCGUUGCGAUGUCUUACGAAGACGCAUUGCUUUCAAACUCCUUUGACGUUAUCAAUUUAGAGGAACUUCCGGCCGCGACUCGCUCUUACGAUUCGGACUCAAGCUUGAAACCAGAGACUCCGAGAUUAUUGGAAUACAUUGACAGUAACAGUGACAGCUCAGACACGGAAACGUGUGACUUGGACAGUCGAACGCAUCCUCUGACUCCUCUCAACUUCAUCUUGUCCGAUGACGACCACACGGUGUGCGACAGUUCCGAUUUGCAGUACGACUCUUUUGUAGAUAUGGGGAAGUUUUAACUCUCAUAUAUCCAUUAUAUUUGUAUCGCCAAUAUGUAAUAAUGCUUCUCUGUGUUUAACUGUUGUUCCAUGUUACGGUGUUAUUGGAUGUAUUUAAUUCUAACCUUGUAAAGUGAAAUUAUGUAGUGUUAUUUGAUUAAUAUGCAGAAUAUGUUAUGUUUGAGCUGUUCUAAUAUGAAACGGUGAUGGGUUGCCCGUAAAGGGCUCGGUGGUAUGCGACUCCGGUAACCAUGUCAUUGCCCUCUUUUGUAGUUAAUUUAUACCUUUUGUAAAUAUUAUUUACUCUACUAGCGAACACUGAAUAGUUACUUAAACCCUGUUGCGUGAAAUGACAUGGUUACAGAAAUCCCUGGGUUGUAUGUUAAGGCUUGGUAUAAAAUGAUGUAUUAAUAAUUUCCUUUUGAAUAGAUCAAUUUAUUAUACAUAUAUAAUUUUGAUUCAGUAAUAAAACGUGAUACGACUUCAAGUUGUUUUGUGUUUAUAGAAAGUUGAAUCAAUCUGUAUAGUUUAUAAGUGAAUGUUGUCAAUGAAAUAGUAUUAUAAUAGGCUACUUCAGAUUAUCGUUGUUAAAAAAUUAGAAUGCAAGGCUUUUGCAUUUUUAAAUGUUAGUACAAUUUGUUAGAUGGUGGCAUGUGCAAGCUUAGCAGUCAAUUAUAUUGUGCACCUAUUUAUUAGAAGGAUGUAUUGACGAUUGAAGAAAACUUUAAUAUCUAUAUUACACAUAUGACAAAUAGAAAUAAAUGAACAUGUAGGAAUAUUUAUAUAUUUUCUGUUAUUGUAUUUUUAUUGCCAUUAAAGGGCAUAUUACUAUUUCGUGUUGUUACUGAAUGUAAAUGUACAUUCCACUACAAAAUACUAGUGAUAGCACUACUAGUACAGUACCUAGCCGUAUUGUACCACUAUUAGUAGUAUCAUGCUGUAGUAUUUACUAGUACUUUAUUAUUGUUAGUAGUAAUAUACUACAUACUAUUACACUACUAUGUUAAUAUCAUUCAGUGAAAUUUACUUAAAUAAAUCCCUUUUAGUCGGCGUUAGUGAAAUAAAUAGUGCUGGAGGAUUUAAAAUAAUUUAAGGUCACGAGUAGGUAUACACAAAAUAUAGUCACUAUAUUGAGUUAAAUAAUUCAAUCUAACAUGUUGAAAUAACUAUAAUAUUUUAAACAUCAUCUCAAUAUAGAUUAUCUGAGACAGUAACAGUAAUUAUUUAUGUUAUUACAACGACUCAUAUAUUAUUAUUAUUAUAUAAUGCAUCUGUUAUUUGUAUUGUUCUUUGUAUGAAAACAGUGGCUGAAUCCUUAUAUAAUAAAUCUGUUAAAAAUAUAAUUAUUGAA